GAAUUUAUUCGGAAAGAAGGUAAAGGAGAAGGUAAAGUCUGCGAGAGACAGUCGUGCUGCUAAGGGAGGGAGAUACGGUCACGCUGCGUUGGCGAAGGCAGGGAGAUACCGUCAAGUUGCGUCGGCGAAGGCAGGGAGCGACAGUCAAGCCGCGUCGGCAGGGAAAGAUGAACCGCCCGUUCAAUCCGCAUCUAGGAGGCGAAGGCAGCAGAAAACGAACAGUUUAAGCUGCGUCUGGGCAAGCUAAGCUAGCGAGAGACGAAAAAACCAGCGACUCAAUCCGAGAUGGAUGUUUCCCUUAAUGAUUCAAUGAGUUUUGUGGACGAGGAAAAUCACUUAAGUUCUGAUGGUGGUGUUGCUUCUGCUGAAAACCAAAGCAAAGUUGAUUAUAGUGAUGCUGAAAAUGUUGUCGAAGGAAAUGACGAAACACACUGCCACCAUAAGAUGAUAACUACUUUGACAUGCGAUGACAUUAGAGGUCUUCAAUUUGGUAGUGAGGAGCAUGCUUUUAAAUUUUAUGAAGCAUAUGCUAAGAGCCAUGGAUUCGUCAUUAGAAAAAACUCAGUUCGUCGAGAUCCUAAAGGUUAGAGUUAGCAUGGAUGAGAAUGUACCAAUUGUAGAGCUGGUGCCUGGUGGUACUAGAGGAAGUAAUUGGCUUGAAAGAGUUCAGGGUAGCUUAGUUUCUUGCUUUGAUCGAUUUUGAUGAACUGCAGGAUUGCAGGAAGAAGCAAAAUGGAGGAGGUGGGAAAUGGAGGUUGAAGAUGGAUAUACUGCUUCGUUGUCUACUCUCAUUUGUGUUUUGUCAGACUUGUCAUUUUGAAGUUGAUAUAUAUGUAGUACUAUGUAAAAGUUUGAGCUUUGUCAUACAACUUGAAAUUUACAUCGAUUAGUUGUCCAAAUAAUAUUGUUAUCAUUGAGUUAACGUAGUUUUUAAAAUAAACUUUCAUGUCAAUGUUAAAAGAUGUCAUAUUUUAUACGUUGUACUACGUAAUAAAGAU